AUGGCUUCACCGAACGAUAACACUCCCGACCUCAUUGUAGGAAUUGACUUUGGCCAAACAUACACCGGAGUCGUAUGGUCCAACCUGAGCAACACGAACCCCACCAGAAGCAUCCAAGAAUGGCCCGGACUACCCCCUGAUUCCGUGGAAACCAAAGUCCCUACUAGAAUCGCAUAUUCACGCAAUCCAAACGAUAGGAAUGAACCCAUAUGGGGUUUUUCCUGUGAUCCCGAUGAUGAGUAUCAUGAAGUCACCGAAGUUCGAGAGAAUUUCAAGAUCUUCUUGGACCAGCAUAGUCUGGACCUCGCUCGCAAAGAAGGGAUGAGAGAUAUGCCCGAAACCGUUGAUAAAGCAAAAGAUCUCGUGACCGACUAUCUGCGCCAGAUUUAUAACCACGUCAAGUUAUGUAUUGAAGCUAUUACUGGGGAUUGGAAGGAGAAGAAGAUUGAGUUCGUGUUCAGUCUUCCUACUACUUGGGAUGCUUUAGAUACGGUGAAGAGGUUCGACGCUGCGAUAAAUGCCGCAGGAUUCACAUCUCAAAAUCCCGAAAAACAUUCGGCAAAAUUGGAGUUGACAGAGGCUGAGGCUGCAGCUGUUUAUUUUGCGACAAAUUCUGAAAUCGAGCUUGAAAAGGGAGAUAUUAUUCUCAUAUGUGAUGCGGGUGGGGGAACGACUGACCUUGGCCUUGUCGAAGUGGCAGAUCCAAAUCCCGAAAGACCAGCUUUGAAACAGGUGGCAGAAGUCAAAGGAGUUGGUAUCGGGUCAACUAUGAUUGAUCGAGCAUUCGAGUGUCUCGUACAAAAACGACUGGAUACACAUCCCGAUAUAGAGCUUCCAGAGAAUCUAGCACACAAACUAGCUAGAGGUUCAUCCUUCCAGUCGAUCAAACAUAACUUCGGAUCGACUUCCGGUAACCACGCUGUGUAUAUACUACGACUGGAUAAACUGGGACUCGGAAUUGACAAGGACUUAACGCAUGCAGGACUUCGAAUUGAGAGAGGAAGAAUGCAUUUUUCAAGGUCAGAGAUGCAAGCUCUGUUUGAUGUGCAAAUUGCUGGCAUAACACGUAGGAUAGACAAACAACUAGAUUGGAUGCAGACACACAGAAGCCAAGAUGAUGUGAGAUUUCUAGUCUUGAGUGGUGGUCUUGGAGGAUCACAAUAUGUAAAGACCAAGAUCGAGGAACACUUUCAACGAAAUCCUCGCCAAAUAGCACAUCGUAUAAGGAUUCUAAAAUCUCAAGAGCCACGACUUUCAGUAGUGAAGGGUUUGGUGAUAGACAGAAGACAGAGGAUAAAAUUUGGAGCGGCGACUCUAAAAAUGAGAGUAGCGAGAGCUAGCUACGGUGUGUUGUGUCGCCAAGAAUACAACCCGGAGAUCCAUUUAGGAGAACCCGUCGUGAUUGACCCUCUCAAUAAGAAACAGAAAUGGGCCACGAUGCAGAUUGACUGGAUAAUCCAAAAGAAUGACACUAUCGAGACCGGUUCCGCAAGAGACCGACUAUUUACAAGGAAAGUCGUUCCCGGAGACGGUAAUCGAACGUGGGACACAACAAUUGUGAUAUCCUACGAGGAUAGACACAAUCUCCCCACAAGUUUCCGACAACCCGGUGUAUCAAAACUAUGCACAGUGCACUCCGAUUUGAAAGAAGUCGCCGACGAAGAAUUCGAGCCGAAGAAUCGAAAGCUCUGGCAACGAAAGAAAUACUAUCUCGCCGCGUUUACAGUGCGCGUGAUAAUCGCACCAGCGGAUCUGAGGUUCGAAUUAUGGUUUAAAGGUACUCGAUAUAAUCGAAGUCAUGAAUCACUCUCGAUUGAUUGGGAUCCUGCAGGAGCAUCUUUGCGGCCACCGUCAGUUGAUGAUGCGAUUGAUGGAUGGGAAAGUCAAGUACAAUUAUAG